CGGAGGGCGGGGGCUUUGGGGAGGGGAGCCUAACCUCCCUGGGCAGGAGCAGUGACCACAGCUCCCCCCAACGCCCCUACUGAAGGCAGGUGGGAGGAGGCCAAUUUAAAAGGCGGACGGGUCUCUGGCCAAAGCAUUCAGCUCUGCCACCAGCCACCAGCCGCUGCAACCCCGGGGGCUCUAAGAGUACCCAGACUUCCGGACCCUCUCAGGACGGAUGCCAUGUGAGCCCAGCUUGGCGCACCUCCAGCCGGCCUUCCUUCCUUCCCUCCUCCUGCCCGUGUGUGCCUGUCCAGCCUCUCCAGAGAGGGACCCUUAGCACCAUGUCUCUCCUCAACCCCGUCCUGCUGCCCCCCAAGGUGAAGGCUUAUCUGAGCCAAGGGGAGCGCUUCAUCAAAUGGGACGAUGAAACCACAAUAGCCUCCCCAGUUAUCCUCCGUGUGGAUCCCAAGGGUUACUACUUAUAUUGGACAUAUCAGAAUAAGGAGAUGGAGUUUCUGGAUAUCACCAACAUCAGGGAUACCCGCUUUGGGAAGUUUGCCAAGAUACCCAAGAGCCAGAAGCUCCGGGACGUCUUCAACAUGGACUUCCCCGACAACAACUUCCUCCUCAAGACACUCACUGUGGUGUCUGGCCCUGACAUGGUAGACCUCACCUUCCACAACUUCGUCUCCUAUAAGGAGAAUGUGGGCAAGAGCUGGGCCGAAGAUGUGCUGGCCCUCGUCAAGCACCCACUGACAGCCAAUGCCUCCCGUAGCACCUUCUUGGACAAAAUCCUGGUGAAGCUCAAGAUGCAGCUCAACCCCGAAGGGAAGAUUCCUGUGAAAAAUUUUUUCCAGAUGUUUCCUGCUGACCGCAAGCGGGUGGAAGCUGCCCUCAGCGCUUGCCACCUCCCAAAAGGCAAGAACGAUGCCAUCAAUCCUGAGGACUUCCCAGAAUCCGUCUACAAGAGUUUCCUCAUGAGCCUCUGUCCUCGGCCAGAAAUAGACGAGAUCUUCACUUCCUACCACGCCAAGGCCAAACCCUACAUGACCAAAGAACACCUGACCAAGUUCAUCAACCAGAAACAGAGGGACCCCCGUCUCAACUCUCUGCUGUUUCCACUGGCACGGCCUGACCAGGUGCGGGGCCUCAUCGACAAGUAUGAGCCCAGUGGCAUCAACGUGCAGAGGGGCCAGCUCUCCCCCGAGGGCAUGGUGUGGUUUCUCUGCGGGCCUGAGAACAGCGUGCUGGCCCAGGACAAGCUGCUUCUCCACCAGGACAUGACGCAGCCCCUCAACCAUUACUUCAUCAACUCCUCACACAACACUUACCUGACAGCCGGCCAGUUCUCUGGCCUGUCGUCGGCCGAGAUGUACCGCCAGGUGCUGCUGGCCGGCUGCCGCUGCGUGGAGCUGGACUGCUGGAAGGGCAAGCCCCCUGACGAGGAGCCCAUUAUCACCCAUGGCUUCACCAUGACCACAGACAUCUACUUCAAGGAAGCAAUUGAAGCCAUUGCAGAAAGUGCCUUUAAGACCUCCCCCUAUCCUGUCAUUCUGUCAUUUGAAAACCAUGUGGACUCACCCCGCCAACAGGCCAAGAUGGCUGAAUACUGCCGGAUGACGUUUGGGGAGAUGCUGCUCACAGAGCCCUUGGAAAAGUUCCCAUUGAAACCAGGCAUCCCCCUGCCCAGCCCUGAGGAUCUCCGAGGCAAGAUCCUCAUCAAGAACAAAAAGAACCAGUUUUCUGUCCCAGCAACCCCCAGCAAGGAGCCGGGUGGGGGUGCUGAGAACAACUGCCCACCCAGAGCCUCGGUGGGAGAGGACCCAGUGUGGGCUGGUGAGGACGGGGCAGAGCCGGAGGAGGAAGAGGUGGAAGAGGAGGAGGAGGAGUCGGGAAACUUGGAUGAGGAGGAGCUCAAGAAGAUGCAGUCGGAUGAGGGCACAGCAGGCCUAGAGGUGACAGCUUACGAGGAGAUGUCCAGCCUAGUGAAUUACAUCCAGCCCACCAAGUUCAUCUCCUUUGAGUUCUCUGCCCAGAAAAACAGAAGUUACGUCAUCUCGUCCUUCACAGAGCUCAAGGCCUAUGACCUGCUCUCCAAGGCCUCAGUGCAGUUCGUGGACUACAACAAGCGCCAGAUGAGUCGCAUUUACCCGAAGGGCACACGCAUGGACUCCUCCAACUACAUGCCCCAGAUGUUCUGGAACGCCGGUUGCCAGAUGGUGGCCCUCAACUUCCAGACCAUGGACCUGCCCAUGCAGCAGAACAUGGCAUUGUUUGAGUUCAACGGGCAGAGUGGCUACCUCCUCAAGCAUGAGUUCAUGCGGCGGCCGGACAAGCAGUUCAACCCCUUCUCAGUGGACCGCAUCGACGUGGUGGUGGCUACCACCCUUUCCAUCACGGUCAUCUCUGGACAGUUCCUGUCAGAUCGCAGUGUGCGCACAUAUGUGGAAGUGGAACUCUUUGGCCUUCCCGGGGACCCCAAGAGGCGCUAUCGCACGAAGCUGUCACCCACCGCCAACUCCAUCAAUCCUGUCUGGAAGGAGGAGCCUUUUGUCUUUGAGAAGAUCUUGAUGCCUGAGCUGGCAUCCCUCAGGGUGGCUGUACUGGAGGAAGGCAACAAAUUUCUUGGACACCGCAUCAUCCCCAUUAAUGCCCUGAAUUCUGGCUACCACCAUCUGUGCCUGCAUAGCGAGAGCAACUUGCCCCUUACCAUGCCCGCCCUUUUUGUCUUCCUGGAGUUGAAGGACUAUGUACCUGACACCUGGGCAGAUCUCACCGUGGCUCUGGCCAAUCCCAUCAAGUUCUUCAGUGCCCAUGACAAGAAGUCUGUGAAGCUCAAGGAAGCCAUGGAAGGUCUGCCUGAGAAACCCUUCCCACUUGGGAGUCCAAUUGUCCGCCCGGUCAACGGGGCCUUGGCCCCAACGAGCAAUGGGUCUGCAGCAGCUGGGGCCAGGGCCAAGGAGGAGGCUAUGAAAGAAGCUACGGAGCCCCAGACCGCCAGCCCGGAGGAGCUGCGGGAGCUGAAGGGCGUCCUGAAGCUGCAGCGGCGGCACGAGAAGGAGCUGCGGGACCUGGAGCGGCGCGGCGCGCGGCGCUGGGAGGAGCUGCUGCAGAGGGGCGCGGCGGAGCUGGCCGGGCUGGGGCAGCCCAGCGCGGGGGGCUGCGGGGGCCGCCGGCUCGGCCCUGGCAAGGGCUCUCGAAAGAAGAGGACCCUGCAGUGCGAGGAGGCCGCCGGGCCCGCGCCGGGCGAGGGCCGCGAGGGCUCCGAGGGCGCGGACGCGCGUGCGCGUGAGCUGCAGGACCGGCUAGAGCUGGAGCUGCUGCAGCAGGGUGAGGAGCAGUACGAGUGCAUCCUGAAGCGCAAAGAGCAGCACGUGGCUGAGCAAAUCGCCAAGAUGAUGGAGCUGGCCAGAGAGAAGCAGGCGGCAGAGCUGAAGACCCUCAAGGAGACCCUGGAGAUUGACACCAAAGAGAUGAAGAAAAAGCUGGAGGCCAAGAGGCUGGAGCGGAUUCAGGCCAUGGUCAAAGUCACCCCUGACAAGAUGGCUCAGGAAAGACUGAAGAGAGAGAUUAACAACUCUCACAUCCAGGAGGUGGUGCAAGUCAUUAAGCAGAUGACAGAAAACCUGGAGAAGCACCAGGAGAAGCUGGAGGAGAAGCAGGCAGCCUGCCUGGAACAGAUCCGGGAGAUGGAAAAGCAGUUCCAGCAGGAGGUGCUAGCAGAGUACGAAGUCCGGAUGAAGGGCCUGGAGGCUGAGGUGAAGGAGUCAGUGAAGGCCUGCCUCAGGAACUGCUUACCCUCUGAGGCCAAGGACAAGCCUGAGAGGCCCUAUGAGGCCUUCAGGGAGCUGUGUGACCAGGACCCACUCACAGCAAAGGCAGGCGCCGAGGAGAGCCGCCUCUGAUGCCCUCACCCCACUGGGACAUUCUGUAAGGAUAUUCACUCUUCUCUCGGAUGGGGUUCCAUUCCCCCAGGAGGAAAGGCCCAUUCUAAGGCUGUGGGAAGCUGGGACUCUUUUGGACUCUGGAGUCCCUUCCUCAACAACCAGGCUAGAGGAGGAGGCCGGAAACAGGUACCAUCAGGGCAGGGGCCCAUCUGAGGUUUCAAGGUCCUUUCCAAUCUGACUUCCUACUCCUCAUCCUUCUUCUCUGCCUCUGAGUGUCUCACAUUUGUUGAGGGCAAAAGGAUAUGGACUGAGAGGCAGAAAAUGGGGUCGUGGCACCACUCUCCUUUCCUUAGUGUGUCACCAGUGACGCCCCACUCUGGACUCUGUGUCCUUUCCUGGAGGGUUAGGCCUAGCUGUCUGGAGCCUCCACUGAAGCCCCUCUAGGUCAAGCAGGACCAAACUCCUAACCCUUCUGCUGUAAGCCCCUUCUCAGACCUGUCUUGAGUCGGCCACCUUGUCAGUUCCCUGAUACAGAGCCUGUCCGAGCUCCCUGGGGACAGCUGCUUCCAGGAUCCUGGGCUGAGGUCCCUUCCCUGGCCUUCUGCCUGUGGGGGAUGGGAAGCUGACAUGGAAAAGCUGCCUCAGCUGUCUGCUGAGACGACUGGGCCUCUGGCUAGUAGGGAGAGCUAAAGAAGGCCUUUGGGGGGACUCUCCUAGGCCUGGUGGGGGGUGGGUACAUCCUCAGUAUGUACCCCUGCUCAGGCUGCCUAAUAAGGUUAGCAUCAUUUUUCUCACCUUUGAGAAUUAUUUAUUUUUCUCCUCCUCACUCUUACUAAAGAGAAUCCUCCUCCCAAUA